AGAACAUGUGUUUGUAUAUGUAAAGAAAGUGAUUUCUUCUGCGGUGCUGACCAGGGAAAAUCACCCUUUUUCGUUCGUUUAUUUGGCACAGAGGCAGCCCAGGACUGGGUCACGCGGUGAGAGACACGUGACAAGGAUGAGCGAAGGAGGAUGUCAGCACUUGGCGGCGUAUUUCAAGGAAUUCAACCGCGACUCCUUUCGCUUUGUCAAUGCCUACUUCAGCGCGUGUGUGUCCAAGGAGGCUCGCCGCAGAAAGGCUCUGUCGUGCCUUUGUUACGUGUGCGGUGGAUCGGGUCCGCAGCUGUACGCGUGCCUGCACUGCAUCUUCUUCGCCUGCCGCGGGCCACACUUUCUGGACCACAUGACGACGUCCAAGCACUGCAUCGGCCUGGAGCUCAGCCACAGUAUGAUCUACUGCCACAUGUGCAGGGACUUCAUCUACGAUCGCGAGUGCCAGGAUAUCGCCAGGCAGCACCUGAUGCGCGAGGCGCGCAGCCUGAACAAGAGCAUCUCCUGGCGCCCCUGGAUGCCCUCCAGAGUCGAGGUGGAGCUGCUGAGGAGCCACCCAAAGAGGCGAAUGGUGACACCGCUGAGCAGCAUUGGGCUUCGAGGCCUGCUGAACCUCGGCAAGACGUGCUUCAUGAACUGCAUCGUGCAGGCGCUCAUCCACACGCCUCUGCUAAGAGACUACUUCCUGUCGGAGAAGCACGAGUGCAGCAUCGAGUCGAGCAUGAAGUGUCUGGUGUGCGAGGUAUCGCGUCUGUUCCAGGAGUUCUACUCGGGUGCGCGCGCGCCACUGUCGCUCCACCGGCUGCUGCAUCUCAUCUGGACGCACGCCCACCACCUGGCCGGCUACGAGCAGCAGGACGCCCACGAGUUCCUCAUGGCCACGCUCAACAUCAUGCAUCGCCACUGCAAGAACUCCGUGGACUGUGAUAAAGGCGUCGUGCUGGCGGCGCCGCGCAAGGGCGCCUCCGAUGGCGACGGCUCGAUGCGCUGCAACUGCAUCAUCGACCAGAUCUUCACGGGCCGCCUGCAGAGUGACGUGGUGUGCCAGCUGUGCAAGGGCGUGAGCACCACCAUCGAUCCUUUCUGGGACAUCUCGCUGGACCUGGGCGAGACGCACCAGGGCUGCGGCCCGCCCAAGUCCCUCCUCGACUGCCUGGAGCGCUUCACGCGGGCGGAGCACCUGGGGCCCAGCGCCAAGAUCGAGUGCUCGUCGUGCAAGAGCCACCAAGAGUCCACGAAGCAGUUCUCCAUGCGCACGCUGCCAAUCGUGGCGAGCUUCCACCUCAAGCGCUUCGAGCACUCGGACCUCAUUGACAAGAAGAUCUCCACGUUCAUCUCAUUCCCGGCCGAGCUGGACAUGACGCCCUUCAUGUCCCACAAGACUGACGGCCUCACGGACUUCCGGUACUCACUCUAUGCUGUGAUCAACCACACCGGCACGAUGGAAACCGGCCACUACAUCGCCUAUGUGCGCCACCAGAAGGACGUGUGGGUCAAGUGUGACGACCACAUCAUCACCACGGCCACGCUGAAGCAGGUCCUGGACAGUGAAGGAUAUUUGCUGUUCUACCACAAGAAGAUACUUGAAUACGAGGGGAAAAUCUGAGAUCGCGCGUACUUUUAGUGUGUUUCAAUGCGAAACAGUUUAGCCUGGAAACUUCUCUGGAAUUGGCGUCUCUGCUGAGGCGCUCAAACAUAAUAUAUUUACAAUUUUUAGAGCGUAGCGCAUAACUGAAAUUAUAAGUAGCGUAGUUUUUUCUACAUAAUAAAUUAAAUUCAGCAA